GUGCGACGCGUCGUGUGCUGUAAACCACUACACCAAAAAGCUUAAUCUGUACCAACUGCAGUAGUGUACUACCGUAAACGAUAAAUCAUGCGCGUCAAAAUUAAAAGAUAUCAUGCAGUAGCUAAUUGGACUUGGACGACUCCAAAAGACGAUGUUUGCGGUAUUUGUCGCGUCCCCUUUGAUGGAUGUUGUCCCUUGUGCAAGUCGCCUGGUGAUGACUGUCCUUUAAUUUGGGGAAAAUGCACUCACAUCUUCCAUUCUCACUGUAUAACCAACUGGCUUGCCACAGAAAGCUCCCAAGGACAAUGUCCCAUGGACCGACGCCCAUUCGAAAUCGCAAGUACGAGCACCUAAGCAAAGCAGUUUCGUCAGACGUCUUUCCUUCUCACAUCGUAUUGUCUCGUUAUGAAUAGCAUAUUUUAAUGAACGUAAAAUUAUUA